AACAGAACAAAACAGAGCUUCUCUUGUCCAUACUCUCUGUUUUGUUGAGAUCCAGAAAUUUGAGGGUUAAAAAUGUCGCCAGCGAAUAAGAACGACAGCGAUGAAGAAACAGUCCGAAAACCCGAAUCAAAACCCGAUUCAGAGUAUGUAAACCUCAAGGUCAAUGGGCAGGAUGGGAGUGAAGUGUAUUUCAGGAUUUUUAAGAGAACCCAACUCAAGAAACUUAUGAAAUCGUACUGUAAACGACAAGGGUUAGAGUUAAGAACCAUUGCGUUUCUCUUGGACGGCCAUUCCAUUGCCGGAACUCAAACGGCCGAAGAGCUGGAGAUGGAGGAUGGGGAUGAAAUUGAUGCUAUGAAACACCACGGCGGUGGUAGCGACGGAGCAAUUUGAGUAUUUGAAAAUGAUGAUGAAGUGGGUUUUAUCUUUUGGUUAAAAGGACGACCUUUGGUUUUGGUUUUAGUUUUUUUUUUUUUUUUUUUUUUGAUUGAUGUCAAAUGUAAGCUGCAAUUGUACUUUCUUUGUGUACAUAUUAAGGUAGGGGAGGUUAUGGCAAGAACUAUUACUUUAAUAACCAUUUGUUAUCGCAAUU